AUUAUAUAUAUAUAUAUAUAAAAUUUACAUGUGAAUGAGACUUUGAUAAAUUUUCCUCAAGUUUUAACUGCGAUUUUUACCCAAUUAAAAAAACGCCGUGAUAAAUAAAUUGUAGAUUUCAUAUUUUUUCACCCCAGAAAAUACUUUUCAAAAAACAACCAAAGUAACAUCACAGUUGCGCAAUUACUUGAUAAGAGUUAAAAAGUCAUAAUUAUAUUUGAUGGUCUAUUUAAUUUCUAGUCUAGUUUGAAAAUAAAUUUUCUUUGGCUAUGGACUUCUAUGAUAAAAAUUAUGACAAGGAACAUCCGCGUAAUCUUAUACCAGAGUUAUGCAGACAAUUUUAUCAUCUUGGAUGGGUUACAGGAACUGGGGGUGGAAUAUCUAUCAAAAAUAAAGAUGAAAUUUAUAUCGCGCCAUCAGGAGUUCAAAAAGAACGAAUAGCACCAGAAGAUAUGUUUGUCCAAACAAUUGAUGGUGUUGAUUUGUCAUCACCACCAGCUGAUAAAAAAUUCAAAAAAUCACAGUGCACUCCAUUGUUCAUGUGCGCAUACACAGAACGUAAUGCUGGAGCUGUAAUUCAUACUCAUUCAAAAUUUGCUGUCAUGGUGACAUUGCUUUGGCCUGGUCGUGAAUUUCGUGUCACUCAUUUGGAAAUGAUCAAAGGUAUCAGGAAUCAAAAAUUAAAUAGAGCUUAUAGAUUUGAUGAAGAAUUAGUUGUACCGAUUAUUGAAAAUACUCCAUUUGAAGAAGAUCUUAAAGACAGGAUGGCUGAAGUGAUAAAGGAGUAUCCGGAAACUUGUGCUGUACUAGUACGCAGACAUGGCGUUUAUGUUUGGGGUGACAAUUGGCAACAAGCUAAAACAAUGACAGAAUGCUAUGAUUAUUUAUUUGACAUUGGAGUUCAAAUGAAACAAGCUGGUAUUGAUCCAUUAUUGACUCCAGAACAACACGAGUUAAAAUACCAGCAAUCUCAUAAAUAAAUACAUAUAUUUUUUAUUUUUAAAUAAUUACUAGGGUAGAAGUAUUAUUUUGGCCACUGCUCCAUUUUUGGCCAUUUAAUACUUUAUUUUAAUUAAAGAAAAUUACUAUUUUGAUAGUGAGAUAAAAGUAUCUUCUUACACAUUUAAAAAAUUGAUUAUGUCAGAGCGUAUUUUACAAAUUAUUUUAUUUUAAUUUUUUAAGUGUCCAAAACUGGCACUAAAGUAGAAACCGGUACCUCUACUCUAUAUUUAAAAUUUUAAAUUUAUAAUGAUACUGAAGUUAGCAGACGUCUAAUAAUUUUUAGAUUUUCUCUUAGACCGUAAAUUUGGAAAAAAAAAAUUGGAAAAAUUACACUUGUAGUUUUUUUAAUUUUCUACAUGUUCAUUUUUUUAGUUUUUUUUUUUAUUCAAAUUUGAAUGUUAAAAAAAAAAUCCAAAAAUUUUUAAUUGUUUGCUAACUUGAGGAAUGAAAUUUAGAGCCAGUUUUUCAAACCGGGUUUGAAAAACUUGCCCUUGAAUAAAAAGAUUUUUAAAUUUAUGACAUGAGCAUAUAGCUCAAUAUAGGAAACGUCUUGGCUGGCUGAUGACGAUUCAGAGUAGAUGACAAUUUUUUAUUGCCUGUAUUAUUUACGAAAUGCUGUAGUAGAACUGACGAAAAGUCAUUUUUACAAACGUCUAUCAGAAUUUUGAAUCAAUUACUCAUUAUCCCUGGAAAUUGAUCAUGGAUAAAUGUAAAUUUAUUACUACAAAAUAUUUUUUACGCUGAUUAAAUAACUGAAUUCGAUCGAAUUAAACAGAAUUAAAUUUUUAAUUUUAUUUAAUUCAGAUAAAUUCUGUUAAUUCGGUACCUAACUUAAAAAUUAAUUUUGUCUAAUUCGGCAGGAAAACCAGAAUUUGUCCAAAUUAAAACGAAUUAAAAUAAUUCUAUUCGGUUUAAUUCUGAUUAAUUCGAAAAUAAUUCUCCAAUUUCUGGUUCUGAAUCCGAAUUAAACUGAAUUAAAACGAAUUUGAAAUUUUUAAAUCGGUUUUAUUCUGUUUAAUUCAAAUUCAAAUUUUCAAUUCAGUUGAAUUAUGUUUUGCAGAAUUCGACAGAAUUUAACAGAAUUAAAAUUUUUAAUUCUAUUUAAUUCAGAUGAAUUUUGUUAAUUCGGUACCUAACUUAAAAAUGAAUUCUGUAUAAUUCGGCAGGAAAACCAGAAUUUAUCCAAAUUAAAAGGAAUUUAAAUAAUUCUAUUCGGUUUAAUUCUGAUUAAUUCGAAAACAAUUCUCCAAUUUCUGGUUCUGAAUCCGAAUUAAACUGAAUUAAAACGAAUUUGAAAUUUUUAAAUCGGUUUUAUUCUGUUUAAUUCAAAUUCAAAUUUUCAAUUCAGUUGAAUUCUGUUUUGCAGAAUUUAACAGAAUUAAAAUUUUUAAUUUGCUCGAAUUCAGUUGUUUAAUCAGAGUAUAUUUUAUAUAAUUUGUAUAGAAUCAACAUAUAAUUAAAUUUUUAUCAUUUAUAUACUUUUGUAUUUAUGGCCCAGUAAAAUUAUUAAAUAA